CUCGUGAGCCUCAUUCCUCUCAGUGCGGCCGUGUUCCGAGACCACAGACAAAAGCAAUUCAUCUCGGGACUGGACUGGUUUGAAGUUGUGCAUCCGAGCAGAGUCACCACAGAAGGCGAAUUCGUCUCUCAUGAAGUGAAGCACAGCUCAAAGGACCAACAAGGAACGGAUCAUGUUUCUCCGCCUUUCCGCAGACGGAUCACCCGCCGAAGUGCCUCAGCGUUCGAACAAGAUGUCGAACAGCUACAUUAUCAGCUGCCAAUCGAAGGUUCCCAUUAUCACAUCACGCUGCAACCGAAUCGAGAAUUCAUCUCCGACGGCCUGGUCGUCGAGCGUCAUCGGGAAGGCGGUGUCAAACAUGUCCGAGUUGGCACCGGGAAAGCCACCCGAUGCCAUUUCAGAGGAACUUUACGAAGAGUCAACGAUAGCUAUCCAAUUGCCCAGGCCACUAUCUCUACCUGCAACGGUCUCACGGGCUUAAUUCAAAUGGAGAACACAGACUACCUCAUAGAGCCAUUGAAAGGCUAUACUAACUCGAGCGAGCCCCACCCUCAUCUCAUCUAUCGCAGAGCAAUCAAAUCAUCGGAGGGACCAGCAGCGCGCACGUCUCUUGUACAUGACAACUUUCAUAAAGAACACUUUCAAGCUGGCUACCAGCGUCGCGUCCAAUACGAGCGGCAUCUACGUCGCGAGCAGCCCAAGCCAAGACGGCGCAGAAAACGCAGCGUCAGCAUCGAGAGAAAUGUCGAAACGCUCGUGGUCGCCGAUAGGACGAUGCUCGAGUAUUACAAGAACGAGGAUAUGGAAACCUACCUACUGACGGUCCUCAACAUGGUGUCGACGCUGUACCACGACGCUAGCAUUGGCAAUGCAAUAAAUGUUGUUGUGAUCCGGAUUAUGGUACUCGAAACCGAGGAGCAGAAGGUUCAAAUAGACGAUGAAGCUGACGAGAAACCGACUAGCGUUGACGCCACGGAAGAAAUUCUCAAAAAGUUCUGCAAGUGGCAGAAACUCGUGAACCCCGCCGAUGAAAGUGAUCCACAUCACCACGACGUGGCUAUAUUAGUCACCAGGAACAACAUCUGCACCAAAGGCGAUCAGCCAUGCACCACAUUGGGUCUGGCGGAAGUUGCAGGGAUGUGUCAACCCCAGAGAAGUUGCAAUGUCAACGAAGAUUCUGGACUCACGUUGGCUUUCACCAUCGCCCACGAGCUUGGACACAAUUUCGGUAUGUCGCAUGAUGGACCUCAUAACGGAUGCCAGGCUCCUCUCGGAGAACGGCAGCACGUGAUGGCGCCUCAUUUAAACUCCGAUACGUCACCCCUUGUUUGGUCCAACUGCUCUCGACAUGAGAUCACCAACUUCCUUGACCGUGACUGGGGUCGCUGUUUGGACGACGAGCCCCGCGCGCAUAGCUACACGUUCCCUGUGCUUCCUCCGGGAGCCAUGUACGAUGCGGAUCACCAGUGCCGAUUACAGUACGGAAACAGCGCAAAAUACUGCGACGGAAUCGAGGAGGUUUGCCAGACUCUUUGGUGCCGUCUGGAUAAUAAGUGCGUCACAAAAAUGGAACCGGCUGCCGAAGGAACCGUCUGCGGAAAGAACAAGUGGUGUUACCUGGGAAACUGCACGGAGAUGGGCGAUCGACCUGAAGCAAUCGAUGGCGAAUGGGGUCCAUGGAGUGAAUGGGGAGACUGCUCGAGGACCUGUGGCGGCGGCGUCAUGCAGUCUGAACGGCACUGCGACAACCCUGCGCCGGCUUACGGAGGACGCUACUGCAUCGGAGAAAGGAAACGCUACCGAAUGUGCAAUACCGAUGACUGUCCCGAAGGAACGCCGAGCUUCAGGGCUGAGCAGUGCUCGUCGUUCAACAAUGUGCCGUACAAGGGAGAGCUGUUCCAUUGGUCGCCGGUGUUCAACUCAGAGAAGCCCUGCGAGCUGCAUUGCAAAUCUGAUGGGAAAUUCUUCUCCGUGAUGCUACGCGACACGGUCGUGGAUGGAACACCCUGUCAACCCGGUUCUCGUGACGUUUGCAUUAACGGAAAUUGUCGGAGCGUCUCGUGUGACUGGGGUAUCGAGACCAGUGCGCAGGAGGACCGUUGCGGCAUAUGCCACGGCGACGGUACGCAGUGCGUCACCAUACAGAAGCUGUUCAACGUCACAGAAGGACUCGGCUACGUGGAAAUCGGUCGGAUCCCUCAAGGCGCGCGCAAUAUCCGCGUCGAAGAAGUGCGCGAAUCCACGAACUACAUUGCCGUACAGGGAGCCGGUGGCGAGUUCUACCUCAACGGACAGUGGUUCAUCCAGUGGACCGGCGACUAUCCAGCCGCGGGAACGACCCUUUUCUACGAGCGGAAAACAGAACGAGAUGUUCUCUACGCGCCCGGUCCCAUCAAAGAAGGCAUCGUCAUCUUCCUGCUGUUCCAGUCGGAGAACCCAGGAGUGAAAUACGAAUAUACGAUGCCUGAGUCGAAUGCUACCCGCCGUCCCGAAUUCGAAUGGAAAUACGCGGACUGGACGGUUUGCUCCGUGACUUGCGGAGGAGGAUACCAAGAGUCGUAUGCCAAGUGUAUGGAGAAAGAAGCAGGCCUGGUGGAAGAUACGUACUGCACGCACACCCCGAAGCCCAAGCCAAUCAAACGGACGUGUAAUACGCACCAAUGUCCCGCGCGUUGGUGGACCGGGCCGUGGCAGCACUGCUCUGCAACUUGCGGUGAUCAGGGUCGCAGGAAGCGAACCGUUCUCUGCAUCAGAUCUCUCGGUACCGACGAGCAGCUUGCGCUUAACGACGAUCGCUGUGCUGCCGUAACAAAGCCCCACGACCAGGAGCCCUGUCCGGUCACCCCUCAGUGUCCCGAGGACCCUAAUUGGAUAACAUCGGAAUGGUCAGACACCUGUCGACACAAUCCGUGCGCGAAUCAGACUCGUGAAGUGAACUGCGGACAAAUCGAAGGGUGCGACAACGGCACCAAACCAGUGGAGUUCCGGGUGUGUGAUCCGAACGAGUGCGGUAGAUGGAACGCUGGGACCUGGUCUGAGUGCUCCGAAUCUUGCGGCGGUGGACUCCAGGUACGGAAAGUCACAUGCAACGGAGGACACGAAAGGUGCUCCCGCAGCGAGGAGCCGGCCUCCGUUAGGUCCUGCAACAACAACCCAUGCCCUGCGGAGGAAGAACCUUCCGCACAGCAGCCCUAUGACGACACUUCCGAUGAAGAUCGGCCUCAGGAAGUCGUCGAAGACUCGAAAAGCGACCUGGUUAUCGAUGUGAGUGGCAGUGUCAUGGUAGAUGCUCCAACAGCAGCAUCGGCAGCUGAGGUGGCAGGCGGGGACAUCGAUGGACCACAAGAAGAGAAACCGGGGCUACAGGUUUCCCUAGAAGGUCUCAGGUACGCUUGGAGGACUUCUAAAUGGAGCAAAUGUACAAAGAAUUGCGGGGGAGGCAUGAAGUCCCGUCAUGUAAAGUGUAUAGACAAAAUAACGCAGCACGAACAGUCGGCAGAAACGUGUCUGAAACACGACGAAAUUGCUCUGAGCUCUAAGCCGUCGGAGAGCGCCGACUGUAACACCGAGCCCUGUCUCGAAUGGGAGAUCACCGAGUGGUCCAAGUGCUCAGCAAGUUGCGGUAAUGGCACUCGUGAACGCUCAGUGAGCUGCCCAGUGGCCCACAGAUGCGAGCCAUCCGUGAGGCCUCAAGGUCUCAUGGCUUGCUACGGUGAGCCUUGUGAGCAAUGGGUUGUGGGCGAAUGGUCCGAUUGUCAGGGCUGCGGACAGAACGCCACUCAGCGGAGAUCUGUUCAUUGCGUGAAUCAGCUGACCAACGGCCCAGGCACCGAGUGCGAGCUCGACAUGAAGCCUUCAAGCGAAAAACCUUGUGAAGGAGCCGCCUGUACGACAGAAAGCGAAGCAGCUGAGUUCCGGAUCUGUGUCGACGAACUCACAUACAAGGAAUGCCAAAAUUUCAAACAUCUCUGCGACACGAAAGCGACUCCUUACUUCCGCCUCAAAUGCUGCCAUACCUGUUCACUAUAUCUCAACCGGACGUUCAAUGAAUAG